AUGGUAGAGCCUUCAACUGUAAAGGAUCAGAAACUUAACAUUCAGCCCACAAAAGUAAGCGGCGAUGAAAAUGCUCAUACAUCGGUUUCAAUAGAUCCGUCUUUAUUGAGUGUGGAAAAUUUGACAAACGGUGAAGAUGAGCUUACAGACGAUAUAGAUGAGGUGUUAAAUACCACUGGAAAUUUCGCAAUGGAACUAGCAUCUCAAAGGAAAUCUUUGAAAUUGAGAAACAAAAAGAAGAUUCAAAAGCAAAAGAAAUCAGGUAUUAGCGGGGCUACUUCUGUAGAGCUUCGUGAUCUUGUUGAUGAGACCGUGACAAUCCUGCCCCGGGAUGUAAGUUCUCAUAAUUUGAGACAGGAAGAUGAUAUAAUCAAAGUAAAUAUAGAUACAUCAAAUGACGGAAUUGAAUCUUCUGUAGACGCCUCAACAGACAUAGAUAUAGAUAUCAAUGAGUCUUCCACUAACGAAUCAGCAAAGACGGGAGUUGAUAAUAUUCCAACUAGGAAGAGCAAAAAAGGUAAAAAGAAGAAAGUUAAAAAGGCUCGUAGCUCCUUGAAUUCUACAGGCAGUACUGAUUCUUUGAACCAAUCGACUUUAGAUUCCAUAUUGGUAGGUAUUGAAGAGUACCUACAGGACGAUAACUCAAAGGACGAUGAGGAUAUCAAGGUAAAUGUUAUUAAAGAUGAAGUCAUCAAAGAUAAGCAAACCACAGACAAUGAGGUCAGUAAAAUAAGCUGCAUACCUUUGUCAGAAAAACAAUUUGAUGAGGGAAAAGAGAAUAUUGAAACUGUCAAGAAAUCUACUCAGGAAAUACUCAAUGCUGAUGUGAUCAACACAGACCACUAUGAAAACCAAUACCGUGCUGGCUCAGGUGAGGUGGAACGUGCUACAUCUCAAGAGAAUAAUGACACUUUGAAUACUGGCAAAGAAAAUAUAGACCAUCACCACAAACCGCGCAGUUUGGAUGAAGAGAAGGAAAACACAGAAAUUGCAACAGCUGAUUCUCUUUUACAAAGCGGAACUAAAAUUGCUAAAACCGAUAUCUCAGCUAUGGAUGGAUUUCACUCUAAUACUGGCGAAUUUAAAGGUAGCGAUUUGGAAGAGGGACGGCAAACUGAUACUGCUCAGAAACCAGAACAUCCACUAAAUGUAGAGUUAGAAGACGAGGAUAAAAAUAAAAGUCAUGCCUUGGAACUGCAAACCAAGGGAAACGAAAAGCCAGUAACCGCGAAUCAUAAAAAAGACGAAAACGUCAAAAAGUUUGAAGGCAUUGUUUCCAAAAAAGACACUACACUAGAAGAAGAUCCGAUUAAGAAAGAGGCUGACAUUGAUAACACAGUGUAUCAGACGGGAUGCACUAGUGAGGAUGAGUUGCAAGACAAUGCUGUUAAGGUACCUUUAGAAGCUGUAAAAAACGAAAAAGAAAAUUCAACUUCGCAAGAACUUGAAACUGGUAAUACGACUGAGCAGCCAGCUGCUGUAAAAAACAACAAAGUAUCCGGUAUCGAAGAGGGAUCAUCCUCGAAAAAAGACAUGACUUCAGGAGGUUAUAAAGAAAAAUUGAAGACGGGGUAUGAUUCCAUCGCUAGGGAAUUAGAAGGUAAUGCAAAGUUUGAAGAAACAUCAGAAAAGCCUGCUCGUAAAGAUUCUGCUGAAGUGGCCAGCAAAGAAAACAAGCCAAAAGAGCAUAUUAUUCUUGAAACGUCUAGAGUAGAUACGGAGGAAAAAGAGGUCAAAACUGCUGAAGCUUUGAAGGGUGAUACGAACGGAGAAGCUUUCAGUGCUGCUGAGGCUUUAAAAGAAGAUACCGAAGUACAUGGCGCCGUUGCUGCUAAAACUUCGAAAGAAGAUGCGGAAGUAAAAGGCGUUUUAACUGCUAAGGAAGCUAAAAAAACAGAAGAUGCCAGAACUUCUGAACCUAUAAAAGAAAGCACAAAUGUCAAGGAUGCCGACGCUACAAAACAAGAAGCGAAAGGAGACGUCACCGAAACUAAUGAAGCUGUAAGAGAAGCUGCACAACCUGAGAAUGGCAAGGAUGCUGACGCUUCCGGAGAAAACACACAAACAAAAGAUCUCGAAGUUGCAAAAGAAGACGCUGAAGCUGCCAAAGAAAGUGUGAAGUUAGAGGAUGUGAAAGUGGCAGACACCGAAGACACCGAAGACACCGAAGACACCGAAGACACCGAAGACACCGAAGACACCGAAGACACCGAAGACACCGAAGACACCGAAGUUACUGAAGCUAUAAAAGCUACCGAUGCUACUGAAACUAUAAAAGCUACCGAUGCUACUGAAGCUAUAAAAGCUGUCAAAUCUACCGAAGCUACUGAAGCUAUAAAAGCUACCGAAGCUACUGAAGCUAUAAAAGCUACCGAUGCUACUGAAGCUAUAAAAUCUACCGAAGCUACUGAAGCUAUAAAAGCUACUGAAGCUAUAAAAGCUACUGAAGCUAUAAAAGCUACCGAUGCUACUGAAGCUAUAAAAGCUACNCUACUGAAGCUAUAA